AGGCUAUACAUUCUGAUUGUAAAUUGAGUUACAAUUAUGGUAGAUUUGGAGUUUUUAUCAAUUUGAUAUUUCAUAUGCGUUCUAUAUUUGAACUGCGACUAGUUCUUGAUAACAGUUACUGCGUGGCAUGUGUUCGCACUCACGUCACGGCUGGAGUGAGCCAUUGAAGUAAGGAGGCGUGGAAACGAUUUGGCUUGUCGAACGAGUCAGUAUUGCUACACUACUAAUCUUAAAGUUGGUGUGGAAGCAAUCGGUAGCGAGAAACAUUUUCUUUAUAAGCUACUGAAGACUGACAUCAUGGACAUUAGUGGUGUAGAACAGAGACUGAAAGAGGCUGGCCAGUCUCACCUGCUGUGUUCAUGGCCGGAACUGGAUACGGAGGAACAAACUCAACUGAUCCAGGACCUAGAGAGCCUGGAUUUCAAUGAGCUCAAUCAGUUCUUCCACAAUGCCAUGGAAUGUUCCAGUAGCGGCGAGAAGAAGAAGCUGGAUAGCAGGAUGGAGCCUGUGCCCACUGAAGCGCUAGGCAGUGCCACACGUGACAGAGAAAAGCUAGAGACCUGGAAGGAAAUGGGGCUUCGUCACAUUUCCCAGAACAAAGUGGCGGUGCUCCUGCUGGCAGGCGGCCAGGGGACCAGGCUGGGAGUCCCAUACCCCAAAGGGAUGUACGACGUGGGGCUGCCGUCCCACAAGUCUCUCUUCCAGCUCCAGGCCGAACGGAUUCUGAGGCUGCAGCAGCUUGCAGAACAGACGCACCAGACGAAAUGUUGCAUUCCCUGGUACAUAAUGACCAGUGGACGAACAAUGGCCUCCACAAAAGAGUUCUUCUCCCGCCACAACUUCUUUGGCCUUUGUGCAGAAAAUGUUGUCCUCUUCCAACAAGGCAUGCUGCCAGCCAUGGACUACACCGGCAAGAUCCUUCUGGAAGCCAAGGGCAAGAUCUCCAUGGCACCGGAUGGGAACGGAGGGCUCUACCGCGCACUGAGGGCCCAGGGCAUUGUGGAAGACAUGGCGCAAAGGGGAAUCGAGUGCAUCCACGUGUAUGGUGUGGAUAACAUUCUGGUGACGGUGGCAGACCCUUUCUUCAUUGGCUUCUGCAUAGAGAAGGAUGCAGAGUGUGGUGCCAAGGUGGCAGAGAAGAUUGACCCUGCAGAGCCAAUGGGAGUGGUGUGCAAGGUGGACGGGUGCUACCAGGUGGUGGAGUACAGUGAAAUCACCUCAGAGACCGCACAGAGGCGAGGCCCGGACAUGCGCCUAGUGUUCAAUGCGGGAAACAUCGUCACCCAUUUCUUCUCCCUGUCCUUUCUCAAGGACGUGAUAGACCUUCACGAGCCCAGGUUGCGACACCAUGUGGCACGGAAGAAAAUACCGUUUGUGAAUGCGAAAGGACAGCUAAUCAAACCGGAUAGUCCGAACGGGAUCAAAAUGGAGAAAUUCGUCUUUGACAUAUUCAAGUUUGCCAAGACAUUUGUAGUCUACGAGGUUCUGAGGGAGGAUGAGUUCGCAGCCCUGAAGAAUGCCGAUAGCCUAAACGGGAAGGAUUGUCCCACCACCGCCCGCCAGGCCCUGAUGGCACUGCACAAGCGCUGGGUUCUAAAUGCAGGCGGCCAUUUUGUCAGCAAGACUGACAGCCACCACCCAGCUGUCUCCAGCUGUAAUGGUGCAGCAGACGAGCAAAUCAUAUGCGAGAUCUCUCCACUGGUCUCCUACGGAGGAGAGGGCUUGGAGAAAAUGGUUAAUGGACAAGCAUUUUGCUCUCCAUUGGUUAUUGAUGAAGCUGGCAUUCACCAACCAAUGAUGGAUGAAUAAUGUAUGUGUAGAGGCUGGUGUAAGACCAAAUAAACACGCCAUGUUUGGCUAUGAAAUGGAAGGAAAGGUCUUACGGCACUUGCAAAGACCUACUUUUAUUUGAAGAAAAUCUUCUGUGGUAAAAAUGAACCUUUUGCACAUUAUACAGUACUUGGAAUAAUGAAUGAAUUAGAUUAUUAAUGUAAUGUAUUUUAUUUACACUGAAUUGUUCAUGUCUUUCUCAUCCUUACCAUGAUCGUUAUUGGUGAGAAACAAGCGGUGUUUGAUUAAAGAGAAUGUUAUCUUUAA